CAUAGUAGUGGAGCGGAGCUGUUUGUUGGUAGCUAGGAAAGUUACAGUCAGAUAGGAGAGGCACCUAAAGCAAAUAUCACCAUCACAACCAAACCCCUCCCUUGGGUCCAGCAUACAAUCCUGCUCAGGUGCCUUCACACGGUAAUCUGGGCAUGCACAAUUGCUGCCUCCCACAGCAUAUAAAGUGCCCCACGAGGAAAUAACUCAUAUUCAGCACAAGGGAGGCAAUCCCAAAAUGAAGGUUUUCUUCGUCCUCCUGCUGGCAGUCGUCCUGUGCACUGACCCAGGUUCUUCUUUGCAGUGCUACAGCUGCAAGUCAAAACUCAGCAACAGCAACUGUCAGGAAUCAGUGAACUGCAAGGAAAAUGAAGUGUGCAAGACAGAUAUAAUCAAGGUGAUAGGGUUCUUCAGCAUCAUCAGCAAGGGCUGUGAGGCAACAUGUCAAGAAGACUAUCAAGAUUUCAAAGUGGGCAACAGGAAUGUCUCCUGCUGCACCAGCAACCUCUGCAAUGUCAAUGCAGCAGGAAGUGUGAGGAGCAGCUAUGGAAUGGCAGCAGGGAUAACAGCCAGUGUGCUCUUGACCUUCCUGAACAACAGACUGUGAAGAGGAAAGAGAGCUCCUGUGAUCACAGAAAGUCUUGAAGCACCCCUGUUACGAUGGGAAUUGUAGCCAGAUGCAAUUUGGUGUGUUGGGCAUACAGCAUCUUUGGAGCUGAUGGCAGAUCUUUGCCUUAUGAUAGCUUCUUUAUUACUGUUGUUGUACUGCUGUAUUGCUGCUAGAUGAGAAAGCGUGUGUGUGUGCAAUCCACCGAAAAUAAACUAUACUAAUUUCUGAA